UACCGAUGACUAGAUUUAAGUGUAAAAAAUGUCUGAAAGUUUCAAACAGGAUGAUCAAUUUAUAGGUGCAUUUUUUUUUCAGUUUGUCUCCGGUAACACUACUGUCAAGAGAGAGUCGGUUGCUUUCCAUGUAAAAUCUGCAAUGCAUGAACGAGCCAUAAAUUCAAAGUGUGCCCAAGAGAAAAAGGCCAGAAAUGAGCCCUCUGAUCUUGAAAAGGGUUUUCAAAAAAUAGAUAUGGGUACCUCUGAGAAAAUGAGCAAACUCUUUAGAACUUCAUAUUACAUUGCCAUGAAGGAGAGACCAUUUACAGAUUUUCCUGACUUAGUAGACCUUCAGACCAUUAAUGGUUUGCCACUUGGUGACACUUACCAUACUGACAAAGCUGCAAGAAAUUUCAUUGAGCACAUUGGUGGUGUUUAUUUUGAUAAUAUCAAAGGUCUUAUUCAUGAUGCUGAUUAUUUUAGCAUAUUUUGUGAUGGAUCAACUGAUAGGUCAGAUACUGAAAAAGAAGUUAUUUUUGUUAAAUGUUUAGAAGAUUAUUAUCCAAAAAUGAAAUAUCUUAAACUUGUUGAACCUGAAAACACAAAGGCAGAAGGCAUCUUAGCAGCUAUUGACCAAGCAUUUUUUGAGUUUGAGCUUAACAAUUACAAGCAGAAAACUGUAGGCUUUUGUUCAGAUGGGGCAUCAGUUAUGAUGGGGUCUAAAAAGGGUGUUAUUCAAUUGCUAAAAAACAAAUGGCAAUGCUGA